GUGCAUGGGCGCGGCAGAAGCUGGCCCUUGGGAGCACGACAAGCUCCAGAGGCAGGACAGCGAGCUCGCUGCCCUGCGGCAGCAAGUCGAGGCGCUCAAGGCCGACAGCGCCAAGGCCAAGCUCACUGCACUCAGCGACCUCAAGGAGGAGCUGCAGAAGCUUGGAGGAGGAGAGCAGGCCACGAGCUGCGUCAAGGCCGUCGAGGCCAAGUACUUAGAGCCGCCCAAGCCCAAGAGCCUCCCAGCCUUGGAGGGGCAGCGCAGGAAGCUCGAGGGCCAGCUCCAGAAGGCCCUCGCCAAGGUGGCGGAGCUCGAGGACCAGCGCGGCAAGCUCGACCAGCGGAUCUGCGAGGCCAAGGACUCGGCCGCCGAGCUCAAGUGCAAGUUGCAGGCGGCGGACGCCGAGAUCGAGUCCCGCCAUGCAGCAGGUGUCCUCGGCGACGGGCUCAGGGGCCUGGCCAAGGUGCUGGAGCAGUUCAAGGCUACGGCUGUGGAGAACCAGGCAGUGUUGCAGGGACUCAUCCAGCUGCAGGACGUCGUCAAGAAGGAGCAGGAGACCCUGGAGGCGGCUGACGAUGCUGCUCCUGGCGAUGGCGAUGGCGAUGGCGCUGCUGACCCAGGCAGCGGGGAUCCACACGAGGGUGUCCCUGGCAGUGCAGGGCCAGGGGGGGUGUCUGUCCCCGUCCCGGACGAGCUUGUCGACAGUCUCAUGGAGGACGCCCCAGAAGGCGAGAGCGUCGAACAGCGACGCAAGCGCUUCAGCGACAUCAUCGAGGGCUAUCGCGACUUCCUCGACUGGCUAGACGGCCAGCACAGCCUCGCGGAGGCUGGGUCGAAGAGGCUGCCAGUCGCAGACAUCACCUUCGCGCAGGAGACGCGCGUGCGUGCUUGCGGCAGGGAGGCAGUCCAGCGCUGGCAUCGGAAGCGCGGCUUCGACUUCGACCUUGCCGCAGGACUCAGCACGGGAGACGGGCCCCAGGCAGUCCCAGGCGGGGUAGGCAUCGGAGUGCGGCAGCGCUUCGCGGCAGCCACGCUCGACACCGCUUUCAAGCAGCCCCACCGCGUGCUGCGACGGGUAGUCAACAUUGGCGACGGCGAGGCCAACGCAGACAUUCUCUGGGAAGUCGCGUCGCAGCUCAGGGUGGCAGUGCGGCCGUGGAUCCUGGCUGGCGACUUCGGCAUGGACCCCCUCAAGGUCGCGGCGUGGGCGGCGACGGCCGGAGGGCUUGUGCUACAUGCAGGCGCGGCGACCUGCAGGGCGGGGGCGCUCAACGAGCUCGACUACGCAGUCAUCUCCGACGAGCUUCAGCAGUUCGUGUUCAGCCACGGGCCCGUUGUCGAGCCCCCUUCGGGCCACACAGCCCCGUCCUGUUGGAAGCGCGAGGGCUGCAUGCAGAAGCCUUGGUGCAGCAGCCUCAUCGCGCAGCGCGGCUGCCGUUCGAUCGGGCCAUCGGCUGUCUGCCCUGCGCCCCCCUGCCUGCCUGGACUUGGGAGGAGGGCGCGGUCCCCGCCAGCCCGCGAGCUGCCAUGCAGGAGUGGCUACGGCACGCUGAGGGCUACCUUCUCCCACUCUACGACCUGCACGGGGACGAGGCUCAGAAGUUCACUGGCAGGGGCGAUGGAGCGCGCUUCGUCAACGUGCCGCUCGCGGACGCCAGCCGCCAGCUCGCACGUGACCCGCGCCUGGGGCGGGCUGGUCAGCCUGCUGCAGCGAGCAGACCUGCUGGUGGCGCGUGGGAAGGACCUACAGGGCCUGGCCAGCCUGCGCGCUCGCCUGGCAGCGCUGCGCCUGGGCGACUACGACGGCACCAUGGCCCCUGCGCCCAGGGGGGAGCUUGGCGCUGCGGCGACCUCCAGCGACGCGGCUUUGAGGAGGAGGCCCAUCGAGCACGCUAGGGCCCAGCAGCAGGCCAGCCAGCGCAGCGACGCAGCUGCCGCCAGGAGGCAGUGGCAGGCCUGGGCCAAAGGCUCGGCCACAGGCGGGGGGGAGCUCGCCCACCGCUUCUCCAAGCCUGAGCCGCUGGCCAAGGCGACCCUCGUCACGGCGGACGAGGGCGAGGGGGGGGCUCUACCAGUCAACGGCGACGAGGCGGUGCGGCAUUGCCUCAAGGAGUGGCCUCCGCUCUGGCUGGACCCUCGGCGCAGAGGAGGCCUCGAGGAAGCGGCCAGCUGGGAGGCGCCAGAGCCGCUGCCGAGUCUCGAGGUUGACAGCCUCAGGCACCUGCUCAAGCGGCACGGGAGGUGGGCAGGCCUGGGAUGGGACCAGAUCCACCCGAGGCAGCUGCUCCUCCUCGACGAGUCCUUCCUGGCCAGGCCCCUCGGCGUGCUGGCCAGCUGGGAGGACGGGCCCGAGGCCUACUUGGACUGGCUCGCUGUCAUCGUCUUCCGUGCCAAGGCGGACGGCGGCAGGGCAUGGGAGGCGCGGCGCCACGAGGUAUGGUACAUCGGCGGGGGGCUGAACACGUGCGAGAGGGCAGGCUGGGUGCAUCAGACCCUCGCGGCCCUGGCCUACGAGAAGAAGGUGGCGGCCUUCUACCCCAGUGUGCGGCUGGGCAGCGUAGUCGACGACUUCACGUUCCAGACUGUGGGCACCACGGGCAUGGUGAAGGCAGUUCUUGGCCCCGCCACACGCAUGCUGUUGAGCUGCUUCGAUGAGAAGCGGGUGUCCGUCCAUUUCGGGAAGCUCUGCUACCUCACCCCCGACGCAGAGGUGGCGAAGCAGCUGGAGUCGGAGUGGCCCGCCGAGGACGGCAGUGCGCAGCGCGGCAGGCUGCCAGGCAACGACGUGCACGAUGGGCGUUGGAGGCGCACCGCCAUCGGGGCACAGCGGGUCGAGGAUGAUCUUGCAAGGUCUCGGAGGCUGCAGGUGCUGAGGCCAGCUGGGGCCAAGGUGGCCACGGUGCAGAGGGGCGGCCCCGCGGCGGCCGCCACCUGGGGCUCGGCCACUACUGGCCUCGCCCCCAUCGGUGCUGCGCGGGCUACGCGUUGCCGCAGCGAGAGGUGCUUCCCCAAAGGCAUCGAGAGAGACCCAGCGGUCGUGAACGCUGGCCAGGUAGUGCUGCAGUUCGGCACGGCGCUCUGGCUGGGCUACCCCACUCCCUCCGCACUCAACACGCUGCUGGAGAAGGCCAAGCAGCGGUUCUCGACGGCGAAGCGGCCUUGGGCAACCUGCAGAGACCCCGUGGCAGCCUUCUUUCUCACCAUCACCAGGUUUGGCUGGACCAUCGAGGGCGACAGGCGCGUCACCACCGACCAAGGGUUGGAGGUCGACCUGGCCAGAGUCUCGCCCUACUUCAUCAAGGAGAUGGCAGAGGGAGCGGCCAAGAGGUGGUCCGACCGCGACGCCACCUUCAGGCUGCACCCCCACCAGAGCUCGGACCUGCACUGGGGCUCACUGCAGAGGCUCGGCAGGUCCAAGGAGUCGCUCGGCUGGCAGCAACAUCAGCGAGCGGCCCCCCACCCGGUCAUUUCAGGCACGGUUCUCUCGCAGACGCGGCUCUACAAGAGAUGGUUUGCUUCCGAGUGGGACUGCUUCAUGUGCAGGGGCGCGCCAGGCACGCUCAGGCUGUGCGGCUGCGAUGGUCACGCGGCCUAUCGCAAGGACGAGGCCUCACCUGAGCUCCUUCGGCACGCAGAGGUGGCUCGGGCUGCAGGAGGGAACUGCGGCGAGAUGUUCGGCAGGUGCCUCUUCCCGUCGCUCGACCACGUGGUCCCGAGGCGUGACCCAGAUGGGGACCCAGUUCGGUGGCAUCGGCGCCCAGCCUCGGGGUACCUCACGGGCCUCAUCUUCACGGACGGCAGCGUUGUGGGCACGCGGUGGCCAGAGUUGCAGCGCGCUGGCUGGUCGCCCGUGCAGUGCGACAGGCAUGGGCGCCUGGUGGUUGCUGCGUGGGGUUGGGCGCCCCUCUCCAUGGCGCCGCGACAGGAGGCCCGAGAUGGCGAGGACUACGCGUACCACAUGGCGGCCUUCCUCUGCGAGGGCCACGUCGACUUCCAGACGGACUGCGCUGGGACGGUGGCUUGCGCCCAGAGGGGAGCCACAUGGGCAUGUCGCCCAGGGUCGGCGAGGGCCCACAUGUGGAACGCUUUCUACGCCUCCUUCGACGGCUCGCGCAGCUACACGGUCACCAAGGUGCUGGCCCACGCCUCCGCCGCGGACGUGGAGGCGGACCGCACGACCUGGUGGCAGCGGGCAGGCAACAGGCUCGCAGACGAGGCAGCGAAGGGGGGAGCGAAGCUGGCGCUAGGCGACGACCAGCUGGACUUAGCCUACGGCCUCGACCUCAUCGCACGGCAGGCGAUGAUCUUCACGGGCAAGCUCCACGCGCGCAUGGCGGAUCGGAAGCUGCUCGACCAUGCCAGCGACGUCAUCCUGGAGUUCUCGGAGCCCGAGGCGGGCUACGAGGAGCACGAGACCAGCGGGG